AUGAGCAUUCGACACGAGAUGUUACUCACGAUUCUAUUGGUUGUCGGCGUUGCCGCGCAACAACAAACCUCGAACGCCCAAUAUGUAUCAAGCAAUCAGUACACCGCUGGAUAUUCAUCUGGCGGUGCCCAAUAUGAUCCUUCUGGACAGCAGCAGCAGCAGACGUUGAACUACAAUUCCGGCGCAACGUCGACCCCAAUCAUGUACGAUGCUCAGAGUCAGCAGCAAUACGGUGGAAGCCAAUACAACGCCCAGAAUCAGCAAUAUGGCACUCAAUAUGAUGCGCAGGGCAAUCAGCAGUACAAUUCUGGAAGUCAGGUUCAAGGGUAUUCGACGAAUGGUAUCUCGACGUCGAACUCGCAGUAUAGUCAGAAUGCGGCGAGCUCGGGAUCGAGUAGCGUCUCAUUGAUGGACUACUCAUUCAACAAUGGCAAUUGUCAGUACAAGGACGGUCAGGUUAUUGAGAAUGGCCAGACGCGUCAGGCCACCCAGCAAGAGUUGGCGCAGAUCCAGCAAUACCGGCAGGCGGUCGACAACUACAUGAGCCAGGUGAACGGCUACGUCGGCAACUGGAUCAACUCGGUGUUCCAAUCGCUUCCGUCCACCAACGGCUCGUUCCCCAACAUUCCGACGAUGCCGACAAUGCCGCAGGCUCCAUGUUUGUGCAGUCAACAGAAUUGCGGCACGGUGUCGAAUUUGUCGAGCGCCGCCGGCACGUCGCCGCAAAUGGAUUAUUCCGGCAAUCAGCAGUACUCGCAAAAUCGGCAGUACAACCAACAGCAACAAUAUGCAACGAUGGGUGAUCUAAUCCAAUUGGAGGUCGGCAAAAUGGUGAAAAAGUGGAGAAUCGAUAAGAAAUUGGGCGAGGGCGCGUUCGGCGCGGUUUACAAGUGUAGCAACGAGAAAGGCGAUUUGUAUGCGUUGAAGGUUGAAGGAAAAGACGAGAAAAUUCAACUUCUCAAAAUGGAAGUGUUCGUGCUGUCAGAAUUGAACAAAAACGGCGGUCGUCAUUUUUGUCGGAUCGAGGAUAAAGGCCAAUACGAGAAUUUCAAUUAUGUGGUGAUGACGUUUGUCGGAAUGUCGCUGGCCGAUUUGCGGAUGAGCAGUCCCAACAAGCGAUUCUCCAUGGGAACCGCGAUAUCGGUGGGUCGUCAAUGCCUCGAGGCGCUCGAAGAAUUGCACAACAUUGGCUAUUUGCAUCGCGACGUCAAACCCGGCAAUUACACGAUCGGACGCGCCGAGCUUGACGAGCUGCGCAAAGUGUACGUGCUCGAUUUCGGCAUGGCUCGCAAAUUUGUGCACGAGGACGGCACGAUCAAAAAGCCGCGAAACGUGGCCGGCUUUCGCGGCACCGUCAAAUACGCGCCGGUGAGUUGUCAUGCGAUGCGCGAGCUGUGCCGUCAGGACGAUUGCGAGACAUGGCUCUACAUGCUCGUCGAGCUCACCAAAGGCUCGCUGCCGUGGCGAAACAUGACCGACAUCGCGCAAAUCGGCAACGAGAAGCGCGCGAUUCGAAUGAACGAGGUGGCGCAGAAGAAAUUCUACGGCGGAUGCCCAAGAGAGUACAUCGACAUUAUGCGGACCAUCGACAGCGGUCGAUUCUUCGACGAGCCCAACUAUCAACGAAUAUACUACCUGUUGAGAUCCGCUAUGGAGAACACGGGAGCCAAGGAAUACCCGUAUGAUUGGGAAGAAUGGCUGAUGAAGAAGUACAAGGAGGAGAAGGAGAAGAAGAAAGCUGGAGGCGGAGGUGGCGGCGAGAAGAAGGAGGAGAAGAAGGAGAAGAAGAAGGACGAGGAGAUUCCCGACGGCAAAUCGCUUAAAGAGAAGAAGGAGAAGGAUGAGGAUAAAGAAAAGAAGGAUGAGAAGAAGGAUGAUAAAGAAUAA